CACAUCCCCACGACGGAGCUCCUCUCUGACCCCCAAACUUUCUUCUCCAACAGUUUGGAACAAAAGAAGACAAAAUCAUAAUUUUCGGUAAUAUUAUUAGAGCUGGCAGCGAAUAACUGGAGGAUGUGAACCCCUCACCCUCCCUCCCGAAACGCACCGCACAAACGCGCGCACUUGUAAUCCCCCCUCAGUUUCUGCAGCAGCGUCCACGGCCACGGGGCGCAGACGGGCUGCGGCGUGGACGGAUGCCACUUCAUCACCGCGCGCCUUCCGAUCCCCCGCACGCCGACUUCUCCUCAUCUGACUGCUGGGAAAGUUGCGGGACUUUAAAUCCCGAUUUUUGCUAAAUAAAACCCAAUUUGAACUUGUAGCUCUGCAACGGCGGAAGGAGGGAAGAAAAAAGAAGGAGGGAACAGUUGGUAAUGCUGGGAGGAAAACUGACAGGGAUUCUUUUCCAUUCGGGAUAAACAUCUGAUUGAGUUUGGAGUCGUCUGGUUUACGUCGCUGGAUUUUGGGAAUAAAAGGAGGAAUGGUUGCGUCGCGCGCACGGAGGAGAUCCGCUCCGAGGGAAUAAACAGUGCGCAAAGUUGCGCCCUUUUCCCUUGAGGGAGUUACCCGCAGGUCUGAUCCGAACGAGCGCGAGCCCGCAGAGGGAAAAAAGAGAGAUGGGGACGCGCCAGUGCGUGGGACUCACCGCACUUCUCCUGUGCACAGUGGUGGACAGCAAGGUAAUCCUGGAUGGCCUGCAGAGGUACGGCCCUACACCCAUGUAUCUUCCUGUCAGCUACCAGAUCCUCAAUGCAGAGUCAGCGUUCUUCUUACUUGAGGCCAACCAGGACAUAAUGAGGAACUCUAGCCUCCAAGCCCGAACUGAGUCCUUCUUCAUCCAUCAGGCCCGACAGAUGCCCUUUGUCAAUGCUAGCUAUGGACCACUGUCUGUCCAGCAGCCUGUUCCUCUUGAGAUGCUACAAACGCUGCCCGGGCCGUUCAACACGCCGCCCUUAACGUCAUCGUCAGUGCCAACACCAGCAUCUUUAUCUCCUCUAUUUACAUUCAACUGGAAGGUCCACACCUACAUUAUCAGCGAGCAGAUUCACCCGAGCUGGCCCAAGGUUCAGGUGUUGUUCUACAUCGCAGGCAGAGACUGGGAUGAUUACAGCACCGUCCAAAAAUUACCCUGUGUCCGGAUGUUUGCCUUUCAUGAGACCCAAGAGGUGCGCGGAUCGUGCAAGCUCAAAGGGGAGCUGGGGAUAUGCGUUGCAGAGUUGGAGCCCUUGGCCAGCUGGUUCAGUCCACCUACUGUGAGGCCUGGCAGGCAGAAGAUGUCCGAGCAGGUUCAGGGCACACCUGUGGAGCUCUACUACAUCGUUCAAAGCACAGACAGUGGAGAGUGUAGCUCAGAGGAUUCAAGAAAGAGUAGCCCGGUUCACACAGAACCUCAGAGACCCAUGGCCUACUUUGCAGGGCAUACACCCAUGCAGCGGAUUGGAAGUGUCAGGCUGUUCCAGCCCCUGUCAGAGCUGAAGCUGGACAAUAACUUUGUGGUGAUGGCACCUUCCAAACCCAUCAAGCAGAGGGAAACCAUUUCAACCUUUCUGGCCCUGUCCACAUUUUCGUCGGUACAUAUUUUCACCCUCAGGGUCAAACUGAAAGAUGGCGUGGCCUUCCUGGGAGCCAGAGCCAGCAACCCCGUUGUGUGGACAGUGAGCCAGGACGUCCGAAGCGAAGGCCACAGGGUUGUGACACUGCACUGCCACAGGAAGGAGAACAGCUUCAGUCAAAGAGUGGAGGCUGUGGGAUACCAGAAAGUGCUGCAGGUAGACCUGGAGGUGAACGGCCUGAUGAUGAAUCAGGGGGUGCGGGAGGUGACGUGGCAGGUGGAGUAUCCGCUCACCCGCAGCCUGACCACCGAGGUGCAGACCCUCAUCCGUCUGGCACCGCAGGACCUUGGCGGGAUCGUUCCACUGGCGAUGGACACCGAGAUCCUCAACACAGCCAUUCUGACAGGUCGAACAGUGGCUGUUCCAGUGAAGGUGGUCACUGUGGGGACAGAUGGAGCAAUUUCUGACAUCACAGAGUCUGUGGAGUGCAAGUCGACAGAUGAACAGGUUAUUAAGGUGUCGGAGCGCUGUGACUAUGUGUACGUCAACGGAAAGGAGACCAGAGGAAGGAGCAGGGUGAUGCUCAACUUCACCUACAGUUUUCUGAGUGCGCAGUUGGAGAUGAGUGUGUGGAUGCCCCGCUUACCGCUGCUCAUAGAUGUGGCCGACCCUGAGCUCAGUCAGAUCAAAGGCUGGAGAGUUCCAGCAAGUGCAGGAAGCACGAGGUAUGAGAGAGUCACCGACAGCAAAGACGCAGAUGCGGCAGACGACCGGACGGACAGCUCCUGUGGACCUCAGUACCAGAGCACCACUCUGCGUGUCCUCACGCAGUUUGUGGCCGAUUUGGGGGAAAUGAAAGGAGUCUCCGAGGACGAUGGGACAGAUCAGCAGAACUUCCUCCUUGGUACCGACUGGCAUGUGGACAUGACGCAACUUGUCAAGGAAUUCUUGAGGGUGGAGGAACCAAGUAUCGUUGAACUGCUGAAUGGUCAAGUGCUGAUUGGACGCCGUGCCGGAGCCACCAAACUACAGGUGCGGUCUCCUCUGACAUCUACGGUCUUGGCUGAGAGGAGCAUCCGGGUCACGGAUGACAAAGUGAGUGUGACAGAGCUCGGGGUGCAGUUGGUGUCUGGACUCUCCCUGUCCUUGCAGCUCAGUCCCGGGAGCAACAGGGCAAUCGUUGCCACUGCGGCAACACAGGAAGUCAUGGAAUCCCCAAAGCAGGAGGCUCUCAUCAGUUCUUGGCUCCAGUUUAGUGAUGGAUCCAUGACUCCACUGGACAACUACAACGCAGCUCAUUUUACCCUGGCAGCCGCCUCUUUGGACGAACAGGUGGUGGAAGUGCAGCGCAGUGAAGUGUGGAAGUGGCCCAUUGUCGUAGCCAAGGGGGAAGGUCAAGGUUUGCUUGUGCGUGUUGAAAUGAGCUCAUCAGAGGUCUGUCAGAAGGGCAAACGGCGUACGACUUUGGCCACCGGCAUAGUAAAUGUUCAGGUGAGGUUCGGUCAAUCGGAGGAGCGAUACAGACAACCCGGAGACAGAAGAACACGUCCAGAUCCUCCGUAUUACGGUGGAUCUAUAUCUGACAUGGAGACUGGAUUGAUAAACCGUGGAGCCACUACCAUUAGAGGCCAGGUUCCAAUGAAGCCCAAUGGGGGCCGUUUAUCGGCAGACAGAGGGGCAAGAGUCCCAAACCAGUUUCCUGAAUACCCAAACCAAGCCGAGCUCCCCCGAAGCCGCAGCACCGACGAGGACUUGCUGCCGUCACGACGAGGCCUGACGGAUUUGGAGAUCGGAAUGUACGCACUGCUGGGGGUCUUUUGCCUGGCCAUUUUGGUUUUUCUUAUCAACUGCAUCUCUUAUGCGUACAAAUACCGCAACAAACAGAUGUCUCUGGAGGCCCCGGAGACGAUGCCUCAUGCCCAUGACUGGGUCUGGCUCGGACAAGAAGAGGGGCUGUGCCUGCAGCAGCAGCAGGAGGAGCUGAGCGGAACGCUGGAGGAGGGUAGUCAAUUAUUAAAUGGGGGCGUGCAGCACGGCCGCGCCAGCGGAGGUGGAUGUGGCUCGAGUGGAAAGGAUCACCGGAGUGAGUCACUUAACUCACCCACCACCAAGAGAAAGAGGGUGAAGUUCACUACUUUCUCAAACGUAAAGUCCAGUAAUGGAUGUCCAGUACUCAGCCCACUAGCGCUGGUGCAGACCAGCGAGAUAAAAUGGGUCUGUCCAGACAUUGAGCUCGGGGACUCAAAGGAUCUUAGAAACUACAUGGAAAAGCUUAACGAGAAUGCAAUUAAGAACACUGCAUAAGAGGUACGGGGUGUUUUCAACAAACUGCAGAGAAACUCACCUGAAUGCCUUCAGAAAACGGAAGGAGGAAAAGGAAGAAGGGGUGAGGACACAAACAUGUGGCUGUUGUUUAUUUGUACAUCUCCACAUUAAAAUAGAAUAGUGGACUCAGCCGCAGUGACCGUUCUGAGAGAGUCAAGCAACAAUUUUUCCAGACACGUUUUGCCACGACAAAUUAACACCAUGCUCAAAAGGGGGAAUUGUGAACAUGGUUUUGUUGCUUUUUUUGUUUUUUGUCUGUAUUUAAGUUAAUACUCAUUUCCCAUUUCUAUGUCAGUGCAAAAUCUAACAUUUUAAUGUUUUUUUAUUGUUUUACUAAAGCAUUUUUUUGUACUUUUUGAACUCCUUUUCUAACUUUUCCCCCCAGAUUGUAUGUAUUCUCCUCAACACGGGCAGGCAGAUCUAGAUUCUAGAGCAGGAGUUUCAACCAGUCUUUUAUUGUAUAUAAAAGUAGAGUUUGAUUUGUUGAUACUAUGUGUAGUAACAUCUUGUAAAGUGUUGUUUUUAUUUAAUUUUUUAUGUUUUCUGGUUUUGAUUUAGUUUGUUUUUCAGUCUCCAGGAAGCAGAUCUGUGCAUGACGUUGUUAAAGGCGAGGAUUAUGUUUCUGAUCUGGUAUACAGACUCAGAAAGUGUAGAUAAAUUAAAAACCUGUGAGCUUGGAGACAAGUCCGUCUAAUUAUUAUCAUGAUCAUUCAUAACGUGAGGACUUGAAAUUGUUUAAUACUAUUAUUGUUAUUAUUUUUUUUUCAUCAUAAGUUGUUUAUUUGUGAUGACUGCUCCUCCCCCUUUGUAUAUGUCACAUCACGUAGGCUUGUCUGUACAAAAUCAAAUGACCUCAUGUCGCAAUUAUGUCAGAGCAAAUUACACUCAUCUGCAUAAUCGUGAGUAUCAAGACAAUCACAUACAAGAAAAAGAAUUCCCAGUGUUUUCAUCACAAUACAACUAGUUUGGUCGAAAUUAGCAGAUUAAAAAAAAAAGAUGGGAAAACUGUGAAUGCCAUUUUGGAUCCUAGUAAAGACAAUUUAUAAAAGAGUUCUGAAAAACUGUGAAAUCAAUGACCAUAUCUGAUCUAUUACCCUUCUUCUGUUGUAUGGCAGUAUUAGUCAAGUUCAUCCUUUUCUACUGUGUCUCUGUUUGAAAAUUGGCUGCUGACUUAUUAAAAUUGAAGGUGACUCUUA